UGUGUCACUGACGCUCUCAUUUGGCCUCUGCAGGCGACCCGCCUCGGAUAUAUCGAGCGUCCCCGACCCAGGGUUGUGCUUCGGUGAUCCUCCGCAGGCCCCCUCGCCCCCUCCCUUGUGCUCCUGGCUUCGUAAAUUCCCCGUGGAGUGAUUCAUUCUCAGGAAUUCUCGGGAGGUUGCUUGGUUUGGGAGGAAUUUGCUGCCCCUUGCAGCGUUUUGGUGGGGGAGGGAGUGGGCGAGGAGGAGGAGGAGGAAGAAGAGACAUGCAGAGUCUGUAUGCAGCUUCAGCGGCCACCACGCCCGCGUGGUAUGCCAGGAGUAACGUAGCGGUGAAUGGGUUGAGGAUGAAGACGGCGAGGCCGUCGUUGUCCACGGCCAUGCCGGGGAUGGGUGCAUUCCGAUCUCAAGCGUGCUUGAGCGGGUUGAGUUUUAUGGGUACUCGGCGGAGCGGAAUGCUGCAUGAGAUGGCGGGUUUGGGGAUGCCUGCGUUGCUCCCUGCGUCGGGCUUGAGGAAGAGGCGCGAGGUGGGCGUGAAGAGCGAAGAGGGCCCGCUUGGAUUGGGCUUGGGCUCGCGACUGCCCGUGCGGGCGCAAGCGGCUGCGGGAGGCGCGGCCUUGCCGAGCCAGCCUCAGAAGAAGAUCCUCGGAAUUGAGGCGACCACGUUUAAGAAAGUGAUUCCCUUGGGUUUGAUGUUCUUCUGCAUUCUCUUCAAUUACACCAUUUUGCGAGACACGAAGGAUGUGUUGGUGGUGACGGCGAAGGGAAGUAGUGCUGAGAUCAUUCCAUUCUUGAAGACGUGGGUAAAUCUCCCCAUGGCUAUCGGAUUCAUGGUUAUCUACACGAAGCUGUCGAAUGUUCUGUCGAAGGAGAACCUGUUCUACUCGUGUAUCUUCCCCUUCAUUGCCUUCUUCGGCGCUUUCGCCUUCUUCAUGUAUCCGAUUGUGGAUAUCUUGCACCCUACUGCAUUCGCUGACUGGGCUCUGGAGAAAUUCGGAACUCGGUUCCUUGGUCCCAUUGCCAUUAUUCGUAACUGGACGUUCUGUCUCUUCUACGUCAUGGCUGAGCUAUGGGGUAGUGUGGUGGUGUCAGUGCUUUUCUGGGGUUUUGCAAACCAGAUUACGACAGUGGAUGAAGCCAAGCAAUUCUAUCCCUUGUUUGGAUUAGGUGCGAAUGUCGCUCUUGUCUUCUCUGGAAGAACCGUCAAGUACUUCUCCCAACUCCGAACGAAGUUGCCACCCGGUGUGGACGGAUGGGGUUACUCAUUGAAGGGAAUGAUGGGACUCGUUGUCAUUCUCGGUCUGGUUAUCGUGGCUAUUUAUUGGUGGACCAACAAAUAUGUUGUGAAUGAUCCUGCAUUGCCCAAGGUCGAGGUUCGCAAGAAGAAGUCAAAGCCCAAGAUGGGAAUGGUUGAGAGUGCGAAGUUUUUACUCACCUCACGCUACAUUCGUGACCUUGCUACGUUAGUGGUUGCCUACGGUAUCAGUAUCAACUUAGUGGAGGUUACAUGGAAAUCCAAGCUUAAAGCUCAGUUCCCAAGCCCUAACGACUAUUCCUCAUUUAUGGGAGAUUUUUCAACGUACACUGGAGUGGCCACAUUUAUUAUGAUGUUGCUGAGUCGUUACAUCUUUAGGAAGUACGGAUGGGGAGUGGCAGCAGCCAUUACACCAACGGUUUUGUUAGUGACAGGAGUGGCCUUCUUCGGUCUGGUGCUCUUCAGCACCCCAUUGACACCUAUGCUAGCCGGCCUUGGGAUGACUCCCUUGCUUGCUGCAGUAUACGUCGGAGCUCUUCAAAACAUCUUCAGUAAGAGUGCCAAGUACAGUCUUUUCGAUCCUUGCAAGGAAAUGGCGUACAUUCCUUUGGAUGAGGAGACCAAGCUCAAAGGAAAGGCAGCUAUCGAUGUGGUCUGUAACCCACUUGGAAAGUCAGGAGGUGCUCUCAUUCAACAGUUUCUCAUUUUGGGCUUCGGAUCAUUGGCAACCUCAACUCCAUACCUAGGAGCCAUUUUGUUGCUCAUUGUGCUGCUAUGGUUGGGUGCCGCUCGUUCGCUAGAUGCCCAGUUCACUCCUCUUGUGCAAAAAGACUUAAAGGGCAAGCUCUUGGAAGGAAAACUGUCUGCCAUUUCUGCUGCAGUCUUGGGACAAAACAAGCCUAAGAAAGAGGUGACAUACCGAUUUGUGAGUGUUCUCAAUGAACAAGGGUUCUUGGAAGGACGUUAUGUACCCAUUGUCGAUGGGCAAGCCGAAACCCUAGCAAAGGCGCCUGAGACUCCUGCGUCUGAAACUUCUGCACAGACCUCUGAAUCAUCGCCAUUGUUGGGGUCCAGCAAUGGUGAUGGCUCAGCAGCUCAAUCUGGAGAAACCGAUGUGCCAUCCUCGGAAACAGCACCUUUGAAGUGAGGUGACAUUUUGUUGGAGAGUUCAGUAGUUAAUUGUUGGUUGAACCACAUGACUAGUUGCUUGAUUUUUCUUCAAGCAUCGUGUUCAUGGCGCGAGUAGUCACUGCCAGAUUACUGAUACCGCACUUUUCACUUAGGGAAGAAGUGUGGUACGAUAAGUCUUGGCCUCGGUUAUUAGGAAACAUCAUGCAUGGAGCCUCCUGGUUCCUGGUGGGGCUUGAAUGUAGGAUUAGCUGAGAGUUCAGACACAAGAUCAUGAAGAAUAACGUUAGAGAGGUGUACAUUGGCUGUUGUAUGAAGUUGAUUGAUAGUCUGAAGUUCAACCAAUACCGCAUCCUAUUUGGGUCCGUACUA